AUGCAGGCACAAGUCGUCGUAACAGAUCAGAAUCAGACGGUCAUUACGUCGCAGCAGAGUCUGCAGUCCGUCCAGACGCUCUUGCGGGCCGGCCUUGGCUGUAUCACAUACCUGAGGAAUCUUCUCCCGUCGGACAACUUCUCAGAAAGCUAUCUGACUUCAUCGAGUCCCGACACGCUGCCUUCGCAGUCCUCCAAGUCUGGCAGCUCGUUCGCUUCAACCGACAGCCGACCAAAUGUUAGCGGGUUUAAGAUUAUGACCGUUACGCGAGGAUUCACAGAGGAGGCGGAUAAGCUUCUCGAUUACAUGGAGAACGGCGUAUUCGACGCUUUGCAGAAGAAUUAUCUACGCAGCUUCGUAUUUGCUGUAUAUCUGGACGACCAAGACCCCAACAACAUCAUUGAAUCUUACACCUUCAAUUUCAAUUACUACGAGGUUCCUGGGACGAAGGAGACAAUACCCGUAAUGACACUUGGAGAAGAGAUGAACAAGCUCUCUUUGUCUGCGCCAAGUCGAGCGCAGGAUCCUGUGGCCGAGGCAAUGAGGAAGGGUAAGGUUCCCACUCUGGGAGAAGUGAAACGGAGCUUGAAGACUCUGAUCAAAAACCUCAUACAAGCGACUACACAAAUGGACCCUCUUCCGAAACGACGUUUUGCCACCUUCAAGCUCUUCUAUUACGACAACACACCUGACGAGUAUGAGCCUCCUCACUUCCGUCCCGGAGAUGCGGACAGGGAUAAAUGGUUCAUGACUACCCACCACAAGCAAGAGGUUCCGGAGCGUUGUAGCGUUGGCUUUGUUCACACAGGUUACCACGGAGUUGACGUGAAAGUGACAUCCGUGUCCGCGUACCUGCCUUCUGGCGAAGAUAAUAACGCGCCUUUCCUGGGAACCACUGAACGGAAUGUGUUUGCAGCGCCUUCUUUGACUCCCAUGGAAGAAGCUGUGAUACGCGCUCAGCAGAUAGAGACGCAGCGUAGAGAUGCAGCUGAACGCCGGGUGAUCUGGAAUGGUGACGACAAUAUGGGAGAUGUAGGCAGAUCUAACGGCGGCGCAGGUGACAUCGACAUCAUGCCUGUCGGUAUCCGGAAUGAUGAUGGUGAUAUUGUACCGCUCUCACCCGUUGCGCGAGGGGAGGAAAGCGCAAUGGAAGCGCAAUAUGCAGGAAGACCGGAAAGCAUACCGGUGUGCAUCGGUCAACUGGCCAUAGUCGGGGCGCACCCUGGGCAAGAAGUCUCUCCGACGCAAGAGAUUGAGGAUUCUCCGGCCCGACCGUCUUUGCUCACCUCUGUCCAUUCUUCUCCGAGAUCGCCAACACCUACGCCGAAACCUAGAAACUCGUCCUGUCGUCAUAUCGGCGGCGAUGAGUUUUCCCUCCCACCCUCCGACGCUGUACCGUCCGUAUCCUCGUCCGCCGAAGGGCCGGAGAGCAUUGAUACGCAAUACCUGAAAGAUAUGAUCAUGGCGGAUAUGACGGCCCAAGAAGAUGACGGCGUGAUGCUAGACAUGGAAACGCAACAAAUUCAGGGCUUCUCCGGCACAGACGAGCCUAUCGAGCCAGUCGACGAAGUGCACACUCCAGCCACCGACACACCCAUGGAGCAGGACCAACUCGUCGAUACGCCCCCAGACUGCGAAUGUGGUGUACAGCUUACCGAUUGCGAUAUAUGCUGCUGUGACGGUGGUUGCGAGAGAUGGUUUCAUCUAUGGUGCAUGGGAUAUCACUCCGCACAGGAUCCGCGAAUCCCGGAGAAAUUCAUCUGCUUCGACUGUCGCGUUCGGGCGGAUCGCAAUUGGGAACUCAUCGUAGUGCACGACCUAUACCCGCGGAUGAUCGCACGUUUCAAGGACCUAGCCAUACAAAGGCGAGGAAUUAAAGUCUUCGAGAACUACGUUCCGCCAGGGUUAUCGGCGUUCGCUAAGCUGAUUGGUUGCGAUUCUACUGUUGCGGGUCAGGUAUUCAAAUGGCUAGAGACAGAAGGUUUCAUCGCUCAAGAAACUCGAGAAGUGGAUGACACAGGGUUGAUUGAGACGAGGAUGGUGUCUUCUAAGCGUAAAGGUCGAAGCGGCAAAAUGGGCCCGAAGCCGAGAACUGGACUGCGCCGCAAAAACUUGCAGAAGCCGGUGUACGUCUUCGUGGAAACGAUCAAGAACGAGGAUGUCUAUCAGGACCACUUCAAUCCCGAUCCCGAAGUCGAAAAGAGGCUACUUGGAUUAUCUGAUCUGAGGAAAGCGAGCAGGUCAGGUGAAAACUCUGUGAAGGAGAAGAAGAUCAAAAUUUCUCUAGUACCGCCUGUCGACCUCGGGGACUGA